AUGACCGAGAUUACUCCAUUGUUAAAACAGACAGAUCCAACUACGACUGCAAAAAUUAUUAAUUAUGAUUCUUUAAUAAAUGUAGAAGAUGAACAAAGGAAUCUUCUACAUAUUCCUACAGGAUUAAAAGAUCUUCAAGCAUUAAACAAGUUAUUAGGUGAAACCAUAGAAAGUUAUUACGUCAAUUUAUUAGUUAUUUUUGUGGUCAGUUAUAUUUUUUUACAAACAUUUUCAAUACCAGGUAGUAUGUGGUUAUCAAUAUUAGGAGGUGCAUUGUUUGGUUGGUUCAAUGCUCUUUUACUUGUUUGUGUG